AUGAGAUUUCAAUCGCUACUUUUGAGCUUUCUUGGUGUGGGUCUUGUCGCAUCGGCAAAUGUACCGACGAUUUGGCUAGCAGGCGACUCUACAACGGCUCCAGAUGGCGGGCAUAAUGGCACAGAAGGCUGGGGCCAGUAUCUCAAAUACUCCUUCGGUGACCGAGCGUUUGUGAACAACUCUGCAUAUGCCGGAAGAUCAGCGCGUUCAUUCACCCGCGAAGGUCGGUUUGCCAAAAUAGCACAGGCGCUACAGCCAGGUGACUGGGUCGUCAUCGAGUUCGGCAUUAACGAUGCCGGUGCUCCCCAAAACGGAUCCACCAGCACGACCGGUGACAAAGGUCGAGCAGAUUGUCCUGGCGCUGGAAACCAGACUUGUACCGUGCUCUUCAAUAACGUGACGGAAGUCGUUCAAACUUUCCCGACAUAUGUGAAAGCAGCGGCUCGUAGCUUUCUUGACUUGGGAGCAGCUGGUAUCGUCAUUGCUGAGCAGCUUCCGACGAAUGUUUGGGAAUCGGGCAAUUACUCGUACAUAUCGCCGGUGUUCGCUUAUUACAACAUGCUGGCCACUCUUGAGCUCGGAGGCCCAAGUUCCAACGUGUUCUUUGUCCAGCACGGAGGUUACGCUGCUCAAGCACAAAGACUUCUCGGAAAGACUGUUGUUGACGCAUAUUAUCCAAUGGAUCAUACACACACGGCGCCGUUCCUGGCGGACGUACACAGCCAGGCAUUUGUUUUGGGUCUGAAGUGUGGGACAAGCCCUCUUGCCAGCCUGGUUGUGAAUGCUACUGCGCGGAUCGAGCAGGCAAGAGGACCGUGUCUGCCUGCGAAUGCCACGAUUCCAAUCUAA